GGUGUCACAGUGUGAUACCUAACAGAUAUGAUAGUCGUUAUGCAAGUAGAAAACCACGUUGUGUUGCAGGCCAACAAAAAUCACAUUAACAAUGGUCUCAUAAAAUAAAUAAGUCACCUAUUAAAUUGCGAUGACGUUUAUUCAACGCUGUAUAAUGUGUGAUACAUCAUUGUUCUCGCAUUAGAAAAAAUUGAAGAAUAUAUGCUCUACAGAAUCGUAAAUAAAGAACAGGGGGUGCGUAGACUAAUGCAAAAAAAAAAAUGAAAAUUUGUAGAAAAGCUCUGUUGUCGUACAUACUAAUUCCCAUAAUACAAUAACUCUUUAUCACGAAUUCGACUAGUGUAACCUCCGAUAGUUUUAUUUUUGAUAAGAAUUGUCGUUAAAAUUUUGUAUUUUCUGUUCAAUGUACAAUUUAUAUAUUUUAUGCAUUUUAAUAUAAUGUAGCCAUCAUCUAAACCAAAUAAUAAAAUGUUUUAGUCACCGAUGAAAAAAAUAUACUUACCUUUUCAAAUACAUAACUCUAAUAACUAAAAUGUUAGACAUUAAAUCUCUAAAACAAUUAGCAGAUCAGCUGAAAAUGGAUAAAUUAGAAACAAAAGAAUUAGUUACAUUAGAAUCAUACAAAUCACCAUAUGAUUUUACUGUAAAACGGGAUUCUACGAAUUUUAAUGGUUUUAUGAAUGAUAUAAUACAAUCAUUAAAUGAUAGGGCAGCUUUGAAUUUUAAUGAACUUAAUGUUGAUUUGUUUGUUAUUGCAGUAUCAUGUAGCCAUGAUAAAUUUUGUAGAACAAAAAUCAUAAGAGUAAACUCCAAUCAUGAUGCGGUAGAAAUGUAUUUUAUUGAUAAGAAUAUUAAAAAAGAAGUAUCAAUUUCGGAAUGGAAGUUUUAUUCUAUGAUUACCAGUGAUUUUGGUCUACCGGCUCAAGCAUCUAUAAAGUGCACAUUAUUUGACUUAUGGUUACCUUAUCCACCAAUGAACAAAUAUAAAGAGAUAUCUAGAUAUUUUCAAAUUAGUAAACAAUAUUUAUGUGAAACUACUACAAUUAAUAAAUCAGGAACACAUCAGGUUCAUUUAUAUGAAAUGCCUGAGGAAAAAGAUUUGGUUAGUUCACUUCUUGAUCAUGGUAUUGGCCAAAGAAAUUCAGUUAUUAUGAGCACUACUAGUACUGAAUAUCCUUAUGAUAGUAAAAUUCUUGUUGGCCAAACUUUUCUCGCUUACAUUAUACAAAUUGAUGAGAGUACCACUUUUUUUCAACCAGAACCUCAUAGUGUAGAUGUGCUAGAGCAGGAAAUUCAAGAUUAUUUAACAAGUAUUACUAGUGCAUCAACUUUAAAUAAUCAUCAAACUAUUUUUGAUCAACCAUAUUGUUUAGCCAAGUAUAAUGCUAAAUGGUAUAGAGCCUUUAUAAAACACCAUAAACAUAAAAAUGUCGUAGUUUUUUUGAUUGAUUAUGGAUAUGAAGUGGAAGUUAGUUGUACUCAAGUGAUGCCAUUGAAUGAAUCAUUAUUGAGAUAUUGCCGAAAAAGCAUAAAAUGUAAAGUUAAUAAUGUAAGCUAUUUUAUUCCAACGGAAAAGACUAUAUAUAUUGUCAAACCGUUUUCGGUGUCAUCUAAUGGAAUAUUGAAUAUUAAUGUAACAAUCAGUGAGAAAAAUCAGUAUUUUCCAAUACCUGUGUUGCGUAAUUUUGAGAAGGUUGUAGUGAACUGUAUUGAAGAUGACAUCGUGUAUAUGUCGAGAGUAAAUGGGUAUGAAGAAAUUGUAAAGCUGUCCAAUCAGAUUAAAAAUAAUAUUAACCCAUGGCAUCCUAAUAUUAAUGUGGGAGAUGUGUGCAUUUUAAAAGAUACUUACAGGGUUGUCAUUGAAGAGCGCAUGAUUGACCGUGUCAACUUCAGAAGUAUCGAUUAUGGUUUCCGAGGUAGCGUGCAAGAAACAGCAUGUUUAAAAACCAUUAGGUUGCCUAAUUAUCCCGGCUACUCUAUUCAGGCUAAAAUCCAUUCAAAUAUUCCAUUCCUUAAUCAAUAUUAUAUAGUUAAGAUGACGGUGGAAAAGGAUGGAAGUUUGUUAGUCUUAUUCCCAGAACCUUGUGCUUAUGAAGUUCCUUCUGGAUUAGACCAUAUCCAUGGAUCACAGUCCGUAUCAUCGACAAUAUUUCAAAGCAAAGCUAGAGUGACAUACUACGAAACAGAUAACAUUUGGAUUGUACCCGAACAGUACUUUAGCAUAGCAGACACAAUAAAAGUAGAAUUAGAAAAAAUUGUAUGUGACUUAAUGCCAAUGAAAAAACGUUCUGGUAUGUUAUGUGCCGCAUGCGAUUCUAAUGAAAAUCGUUGGUAUCGAGUUCUUUUGGAAACUGACUUGAACCAAGCUAUGUGUGUGGAUACCGGAAAAACGUUUCGUAUGAGUAGUAAUCCCAAGAAACUACCAGAUUCGCUUGAGAUACUACCAAAUUGUGCAAUCCCGUGCCUUUUGAAUACUGCUGCUGGUGAUUUAUCAGCCGAUGUUAGAAAGUUGUCGCCGACUGAAAUUGUUUUAUGCGAAUUUGAGCAUUGUGGCCGUCCGCCUAUUCGAGUAACUAUUUUAAAUUUUUCGACAACACUGAAUGACAUCAAUGAGGUCGAAUCAAGCAGAAACUUAAGACGAGAUUAUGGCGAUAAAGUCAACAAUGAAGAAAAUCAACAAAAAAUCUCAAAACAAAAAAAAAACUUUUCGGAAGAGGACAUUAUACAGAGUAAUUUUAAACUUAGUAGUUCAACUUGUAACAAUAAAAACGGGAAUACAGACGGCAAUAGUCUUAUACCGCCCGGUAAAGUGGUCAAACCUAAUGUCGGCGACAUGUGGACCGUGAGUGUACCUUUUUAUGAAUCACUAGAUUGUUUUUACUUACAGAAUCAAUCGAACGACAAACUGUUGAAAUGGGUUUUUAAUAAUCUGCAGAACUUGCCAUCGGAUGACAGUGCAAUUUAUGAAACAAAAGUUGACGAUGUGGUGGCGGCUCUGGACGAUAACGAUAAAAAUUGGUACCGGGCUAAGGUAGUGAAAAUUAGUGACAAUUUUGAAGACUGCGAAGGAUCUGUCGAACGGAGUUGGAUUGUUACAUUUAUCGAUUAUGGAAAUACUAAAACGACACGGCGCAUUAGGCGAAUGCCCGCCGAGCUUUUUCAAGUAAAACCUAUGGGUCAUCUAUGCUACUUAAAAAACGCCACUGAAAUCACUGUAGUUAAUGAGCUAUCUCGUGGUGAUCUAUACGACGUGGUGGAUGAAUAUCUUAGUGCGGAUCUUAUGUCGGUUAAGUUUCAUAGUAAAACUGUACCGUACGCAGUCACAUUAACCCGACGUGGUCGUGACCUUUUAGAUUCAUUAAACGCACUAAUAUGGUACGGUUUAUUGCCUGGGCGGGACGACAACGAUCCAGUCGAAGCAGCUAGGCGCAUCGCACUAGCUGACUACCCAUUAGACGGACUACCGCUUGUGUCUGUUGGUCCUGUGUAUUCGAUUCAUAAUUUUUACGUAGAAAUGGAACAACAUGUAUGCGUGAAAAAUACUGUGAAUGAUAUAAUUAAACGAACUACAUGUCAUAAAAACAUAGUAGUGAUGGUUAACAAACCGACGGUGGGACAACUAGUGAUCGCUAAAAGCCAGAUUGAUGGACAGUGGUACCGAGCUAGAGUAUUACAUUAUGUUGAUAAAAAUACUGUCAAUAACGAGGUAGAGCAAGAACAAAUAGUUGACGUAUCAAAUAAAGUAGAAGACAAAAAACAACAGAUACAUCAACUUAAAGAAACUGAGAAUGAACGAUCCAAUGAACUUUGGUUUAAGUGUUAUAUGUUGGAUCUCGGCAUUUAUGAAAUCUGUUCUGAAUUUGCGAAACUCGAUUCCCAAUUAUUAAACAUUCCACCGGCUAAAGCUUUGUGUUCAUUGCAUUUGCAGAAAGCAAUUCACGAUGCGUUCUUGGACAGCGUCAAUGAAGGGUUUGCUGACGAGAUGACAUUGUAUCGAGGCCACGUGCCAAUAACCGUACAUCCAGUGGACGAAUUGAGGUUAAUAACCGCAGAAGCUACCCACGUAUCGGUAGUUGACUUGCGCAUUGAUGGUCUAAGCAUGGCCGCCGUGAUAAAACCAUAUUAUGUGGAAAUACACAAUGCGCGAGACCUCAAUGCGUUUGUCGCUCAACUGGUAACGCCGGACCGAGUCAAAGUAGCUGAGGUGCUAUGUGCAACUAAGAAGUUUACGCCUGUUCGAUUAUUGCAGCCUGGCUAUUUGUAUGUUGCGGUGCAUGAAGGUCAGUACAAAAGAGUGAGGUACUUCGGUAACCGAUCUGUGGUUAGAAAUAACUCUGGUGAUAGUAUCAACUGUCAUGACGUAGAACUUGUUGAUGAGGCGUUACAAUUAAUUACUGUAGACCAUCUGUUUGCAUUACCCAAAAGCAUUGAAACCGCAAAAACAUUAGCCAUCAGCUGUUCGUUAGGCGUUGACAAACAGUAUUAUUGCACACAAAAGUUCCGUGACUUAUGUAAAAAUGGUUGGACCAAAUUCACGAUGGUCAUCGUCAAGCAUGAUGAUGUAAACGGGCAUAAAGUCGACUUAUUCCGUAACUUUGAAAACAUCAAGGUCUUGAUAGCAGCUGAUUCCGUCUAAAUAUAUAGUUUUUCUAUCAUUCAUUACUUUAAAUGUGUUUAAUUUAAUCUUAAUGUGAUUUAUAAGAAUUUUUUUAGUUUAAUUUUUUAUAUUUAUAUCUUUUAUAACGGGUUUUAUUUAUUAUUUUUUUACCAGUCGUGUUAUUAUAAUCAUUAUAUAUUCGAAUAAUUUUUCUACGAUUCUAGACGAUUAUAAAUGAAUGAUCCUAGAGAUAAUGUUUAAGAGGAUGUAGAGUGAAUUUUGUCAACUGUUGGUGAUGGUUUAUCAACUAAAAAACUUAAGUGAGUCAAAAAGUCUACUAUAUACUCAAAAAUUACCGAUCACUAAAAUGAUGACUUACGAUUAUUGUGAC